GAAUUAGCACCAGCAGAUUUAGUAAUGUGCCAGGAAAAAUUGGUACAAGAAGCCGUGGAUACACUUCUUGAUAGUGGGUCCCGCGGGCAACCGACAAGGGAUGGUCACAAUAAAGUAUACAAAUCACUUUCAGAUGUAAUUGAGGGUAAAGAGGGGAGGUUUCGCGAGACUCUGCUUGGGAAACGGGUCGAUUACUCGGGGCGUUCUGUCAUUGUUGUGGGUCCUUCGCUUUCAUUACAUCAAUGUGGAUUACCUCUAGAGAUAGCAAUAAAGCUUUUUCAGCUAUUUGUAAUUCGCGAUUUAAUCACGAAACGUGCUACUUCUAAUGUCAGGAUCGCUAAAAGGAAAAUUUGGGAAAAGGAACCCAUUGUAUGGGAAAUACUUCAAGAAGUUAUGCGGGGACAUCCUGUACUGUUGAACAGAGCACCUACCCUGCAUAGAUUAGGCAUACAGGCCUUCCAACCCACUUUAGUAGAGGGGCGUACUAUUUGUUUACAUCCAUUAGUGUGUAAGGGUUUCAAUGCGGACUUUGAUGGGGAUCAAAUGGCUGUUCAUCUACCUUUAUCCUUGGAAGCUCAGGCGGAAGCCCGUUUACUUAUGUUUUCUCAUAUGAAUCUCCUGUCUCCCGCUAUUGGAGAUCCCAUUUGCGUGCCAACCCAAGACAUGCUUAUCGGACUUUAUGUAUUAACGAUUGGAAACCGUCGAGGUAUUUGUGCAAAUAGAUAUAAUAGUUGCGGAAACUCUCCAAAUAAAAAAGUAAAAUACAAUAAUAACAAUUAUUAUAAGUAUACGAAAGAUAAAGAACCCCAUUUUUCUAGUUCCUAUGAUGCACUGGGAGCUUAUAGACAGAAACGAAUCGGUUUAAACAGUCCCUUGUGGCUCCGAUGGAAACUAGAUCAACGCAUCGUUGGGUCAAGAGAAGUUCCGAUUGAAGUUCAAUAUGAAUCUUUUGGGACUUAUCAUGAGAUUUAUGCCCACUAUCUGGUAGUGGGAAAUAGAAAAAAAGAAAUCCGUUCUAUAUACAUUCGAACCACUCUUGGUCAUAUUUCUUUUUAUAGAUAAAUAGAGGAAGCCAUACAAGGAUUUAGUCGGGCCUAUUCAUACACUAUCUAAAUAAGGAAGUUAGAUUCGGCGAUGCCCCUUUCGGGGGGCAUUCCGAUUUCGUUAGUCCCAUCUUUUUUGCCGCGCAAAUCCAGAUUGAGAUUGAGGAAAGGGAGUAAAUUAAGUUUUCGAAUCACUGACUCAAGCCCAUUGUCGAAUCCUACUCAGC